AUGGCGGCCUUGCAUACGAUGGAGGUCUUGACGCGGCCUGCGGGGGCUCCAAGGAGCUCACCGAGUGUCAUCUCAGACUCUUCCAUGACAAUGAGCUUCUCACUGCCAGCCUCUUUCCUGCAAGCGCGUGCUGCGCUGUCUACAGCCGCAGUGGCAGGUCCAAAAAGAGCUGGCAAUGGUGUCGAAGAGGUAGGAGACUCGUGGGAAGAGCGCGACUGGGAGUCCGAAGCUUUGCAGACCGUUAAAGCAAAACCAGAACAGCAGGAAUCAGACGACUGGGAGCAGGAGACGACACCGGACCUACCUGACGACUUUCCGAGGCUCAUCGUCAAUCUCACGAGGGUUCAACGCCACCACUUUCCCGUCUCCAAGGAGGACGAGCAAGAGCUGGACAUGAUGGAAGUAUUCCGCAGAGUCAAAGCAACAUUGCACCAGCAUUUCUCCCAAUUGGCGGAGGUGCUGUUUGAACAGAGUAAGCUGGCCAUGAAUUUUACG